AUGAAGUCUCUCAUCUAUCUCUGGGCUUUACUCCCCUUCCUCCAUCUCUCACACUCCACGCCAACACAAUUCCCAGCUGGCACAUCACGCCUGUCUUGCCAAACGAGCCUAACCUCCUGCCCCAACGGCACCAUAAUCGUCAGCAACAACAAAAAUGAUCCUCGGGCACACUUCACCUCUAUCCAGUCUGCCAUCGACUCUCUCCCCAACGACAACUCGUCGCAGACCAUCCUCAUCCUAGCAGGGAACUAUACCGAACAGCUAAACAUCACGCGCUCCGGGCCCGUCACGCUGCUGGGGCAAACCUCCCAUCCCACAGACGCAAGCCAGAACAAAGUCACCGUCUUCUGGGCCGCAGCCAACAAUGGCACGUACGCAGACAACGCCUACACGAGCGUGCUAACCGUCGCGCCGACACUAGAGGCCAGUCUGACCGGGUCCGGGCCAACGGGGUACCCCGUCCCAGCAGACACACCGUUCGGCAACCGCGAUUUCCGGGCUUACAAUAUCGAUUUCCGGAAUGUGUUCUCUGAGUACUCUGCUGGACCGGCGCUGGCGCUCAGUCUGAGCUAUGCGAAUGGCGGGUUUUAUUAUUGCGGGUUUUAUUCGUUUCAGGAUACUGAGGUCUACAUCGGCAAACACGGCAACGCAUACAUCUACUCCAGCAUCGUCGCAGGCCAAACAGACUUCCUGUACGGCUUCGGCACCGCCUGGCUGCAAUCCUCCCAUCUCCUCCUCCGCAACUGCGGCGGGGGAAUAACAGCCUGGAAGGGGACAAACACAACCUCCUUUCCCAACAAAUACGGGGUAUACAUCGUCGACUCGCGGAUCACUGCCGCCAACGCUACCGUCGCGGAGGCCAUACGGCACAAAUGCGCCCUUGGAAGGCCGUGGAAUAGCCUGCACCGCUCCAUCUUUGCGCGGACGUAUGAGGAUGGUAGUAUUCUGCCGUCAGGGUAUAUUGAUUGGAUUGUCGAUGGGGUAGGUCGUUACGAGCCGAAUGUUACGCUCAUGGCGGAGUAUAAGACGUAUGGCCCGGGGUUUAAUCGUACGGGGAGGGUGAGUGGGAAGGUUGACACCCUCCUGGAUGAUGCGCAGUCUGCGGCGUACGAUUCGCCGGCGAAGGUCUUUCAGAAUGAGAAGGGAGAGUUUGGGAAUGUUGGGUGGAUUGAUUGGAUGCCGUGGUUAUAG